AUGAGAUCUAUCACAUUCUGGCAUUCCUCAUCCAACAACACCAUGAUUCUAUCAUAUCACAUCAUCAUCGGCUGGUUCGGCUGGGUCGAAGACCCUGAAGUCUCACCCGAUACCCAUGACGAAAAUACGAAAGGUUCAAACGAAGAUGAGACAGGCGACCCUGGAAGAUUGAUGUAUUUCUGGCUUCCUUCUGAAGGCCCAACAAUAAUGCAUGCACCUCGACCCCUCAAUGUUGUGAACGUUAUUGUCCCUUCCUUCCCGUCAAGCGAGUCUAAAUGUAGGUGGAGCUUGUAUCACGUUUUUAGGCUUGAUGUGCCAACGUUUCCCGGGAUAAAGGAUUAUUGGGAGCUUGUAAAUUUUACCUUCCCAGAGCUUCCCGAUGUCGAUGCUCGCUGCAGACUGGAUGACUGUAAAUAA